UAAGCGGAUUGACGUGACGUGACCUGAAGAACAGUGUGACUUGGCCGUAUGUCUGCGGAACGUGUGAUUUAUAGCAGUUACGUCAUUUCUUAAUACGCCCAUACAAUGUGUUGUCUUCCACUUCGCGAAGUUCACUGGUCAGAAACAACAAUAAAGGACUGCUAUACUUAAUUUCUUAGUCUGCCCAAGUGCCCAAUCCCGGAUGAGAGGAGAUAAAAUUUGGUUGCGAACUUGGGAGAAGCAACUGUACCCUAGAAGAAACAUUUUUGCUUUGAAUUUUGUUGAAUUUGCAAGGGAGGGUCGAAGAAUUUCGAAGUAACUGUUGUCAUGGAAACGUAUGAACACAACAGCCAGUAGUUCUGUAUGUUAUUUAGGUGUAAUUGAUCACGUUGUUGGCCAUGUUUGGAAUUCAGAUCAGAGAUGGAGAAUACACGAAAACUGUCUACGUAAUGAUCAGGGACCAGCGAUAUGGAGAGGCUAUUCAGGUGCUUAACAAUGUUUUACGAACAAAUUCCAAUUCAAGAGCUGGACUUUCAUUGCUUGCAUACUGUUACUUCUAUACUCAAGAUUUUGUAAAUGCUGCAGAUUGCUAUGAGCAGCUGACAGCUCUUGUCCCUGAAGAAACAGAGUACAAAUUGUACUAUGCUCAGUCUCUGUAUCAGGCCUGUCUGUAUGAGGAGGCUAUGAAAGUUACAUCUCAGAUAGAUGAUCCAGCAUAUACCACCAAGGUAAAUAAAUUAAAAGCUGCCAUAAAAUAUGGAGAAGAAGAUCUGGCUGGAGCAAAGGGUCUCGUGGACAGUGGUCCAGCAGAUGACCCUGAUACGGAAAUUAACCUUGGAUGUCUGCUAUAUAAGGAAGGAAGAUAUGAAGAUGCCUUGCAAAAAUUCACAUCAGCAGUACAGAUUUUGGGAUAUAAUCCACACCUUUCAUACAACAUAGCUCUUUGCUAUUACAGGCUGAAAGAAUAUGCUCCAGCUUUAAAGCAUAUUUCUAAUGUUAUAGAAAGGGGUAUCACAGAACACCCAGAGUUGAGCAUUGGAAUGGCUACAGAAGGGAUUGAAGUACGAAGUGUGGGUAACACACUUACUCUCCAUGAAACAGCUCUCAUAGAGUCAUUUAAUCUUCGGGCGGCUAUCGAAUACCAGCACAAGAAAUAUGAAGCUGCUAGGGAAGCUUUAACUGAUAUGCCUCCAAGGUCUGAGGAAGAACUAGAUGCUGUUACACUCCAUAACCAAGCACUGAUGAAUAUGGACACAAAGCCCACAGAAGGAUUUGAAAAGCUUCAGUUCUUAUUACAACAAAACCCAUUUCCUCCUGAAACAUUUGGAAAUCUCUUGCUGCUUUACUGUAAAUAUGAGUAUUUCGACCUGGCAGCUGACGUUCUUGCAGAUAAUGCAAGCCUUACAUACAAAUAUCUCACUCCAUAUCUCUAUAGUUUCCUAGAUGCACUGAUAACACAACAAACCUCCCCUGAAGAGGCAUACAAAAAAUUUGAUGAUAUUGCAUCAAAACACACAGAACAGCUCAGGAAAUUAACAAAGCAAGUGCAGGAGGCCAGACAAAAUCUUGAUGAUGAAUUUGUGAAAAGAGCUGUUGCAGAAUAUGAGGAUGCUUUGGACAGGUACAUACCAGUACUUAUGGCACAAGCUAAAAUUUACUGGGACAUGGAAAACUAUGCACAAGUCGAGAAAAUAUUUCGUAAGUCAGUGGAAUUUUGCAGUGAAAAUGAUACAUGGAAACUUAAUGUGGCUCAUGUAUUGUUCAUGCAGGAAAAUAAGUUCAAAGAAGCUACAGGAUUUUAUGAACCAAUUGUCAAGAAAUAUUUUGAUAAUAUUCUUAGUAUCAGUGCUGUAGUACUUGCAAAUUUAUGUGUGUCUUAUAUAAUGACAUCUCAAAAUGAAGAAGCUGAAGAAUUAAUGAGAAAAAUAGAAAAGGAAGAAGAGCAACUAUCAUUUGAAGACCCUGACAAGAAGAUAUUUCACCUCUGCAUUGUCAACCUUGUCAUUGGUACACUGUAUUGUGCAAAAGGCAAUUAUGAAUUUGGAAUAUCACGUGUAAUUAAAAGUCUUGAACCUUAUAACAAGAAACUUGGCACUGACACUUGGUUUUAUGCUAAAAGAUGUUUCCUUUCCUUGAUUGAAAACUUGGCAAAGCACAUGAUUGUUGCCAAAGACUCUGUAUUCCAAGAGUGCAUACAAUUUUUGGAACACUGUGAAGUUUAUGGCAGAGAUGUUAAAACAGUGAUACUGCAGCCACUUGAAGAGCCUCACUUACAUCAGGGGAAAAAUACAGUGACAUAUGAAGCUCGACUCCUAAAGGCAUUGCUCCUGAGACUACAAAUGUAUUAGCCAAAUUGGAUGUUGGAGGAAUAUACCAGUAAAAAUUGAAACUUUUUUAUGUGUUGAAUUCAGGAUGUAGAUAACAUUACAAGAAAAUGUUUAAUUUUCUUUGCAGGGAAAGAAGAGUAAUAUAGCAACAGAAAAGAUCAUAACAUAUUCAGUAGAAUUACAAGUCACUCUUUUGUUCUCACAGUAGUUUUUGAGGGAUUCUUUGUCAAUGUAUAUCAUGUGCUUAUGUAUUUUGUUGGAAAUUGACAAAUGUGAGAAGGAAGAUAAGCGUGAGAGAAAUAGGAAAACCACAGAAAGCAGAAAAAUUAUGUUUCUCGUAUUACCACUUUUUCACACUAAAAAUGUGUGACACAAAAUUUGUUGGAGAUCUUAUCCUUUUUUCAGCAGUCUUGUAAUAGGUACUCCAUAUGUUGCCUCAAAAGCAACUCUCUUCACACCAGAAAUGGAAUUUUGGUAGUUAUUUUUUCAAACUGGAGAACACACAGCUGGUCGUGUACAUGUACUAUUAUUGCUGGUGCUGUGGCUUUUAGUCUUAUUUAAGUAUAAGUAUUUAUUUAAUUACAACUAUUAAUUGUAUUUACAUUUAGUUAGCUACUACUCUGCAAAUACAUGUAUCCUUAAUAUCUUUUUGUUUUCCCCUAAUUUUAAAUAAAACUUCUAUUCCAUAAAUUGAUAGCUCCCCUGUAUAGAUAAUAAAUGCUGUUGGAUAAUAAAUGCUGUAGUUGUAUAAUUGGAGUUAAGGGGAGAGGGUCAGUUGAGGGAUGCAAGAAGAAACCUAUGGAUAAUGGAUUAAUCAGUUUAUGGGACAAUUAAAUAGGAGAAUUAUGAAUUCCUAUUU